AUGGCCAGAUUCACUCAGACUGAAACAAGAAGGCAGCACCAUCCACAGCAGCCCCAGCCCUCUCACUCCAGCCUGGUUUUCACCGGACCGGGGGCACCACCGACCCAACAACCACUACUACUUAUCCCACAUCAGCACCAGUACCCUCAGAUCACAUUUCCGAAACCCAUGAACGGGUCAGAACCCAUUUCAAUUCAUCCGGAGAGCGGCAACAUGAAAGACCAAGAUGCCAUUAAACUGUUUAUCGGGCAGAUACCGCGGAACUUGGAAGAAAAAGACCUGAAACCCCUGUUUGAACAGUUUGGGAAAAUCCACGAACUGACAGUUCUCAAGGACCGAUACACCGGCAUGCACAAAGGUUGUGCAUUUCUCACCUACUGCGCCCGAGAGUCGGCCAUAAAAGCCCAGAAUGCCCUGCAUGAACAGAAAACACUGCCAGGGAUGACUCGCCCCAUCCAGGUGAAACCAGCCGACAGUGAGAGUCGUGGAGAAGACAGGAAGUUGUUUGUUGGGAUGCUGAACAAACAACAGACCGAGGAAGAUGUCUACCGUCUCUUCGAACCCUAUGGAGUCAUCGAAGAAUGCACGGUCCUAAGAGGUCCUGACGGAAACAGCAAAGGUUGCGCCUUCGUUAAGUUCUCCACACAUACUGAGGCUCAGUCUGCAAUCAGUGCACUCCACGGCAGCCAGACUAUGCCAGGUGCUUCCUCUAGCUUGGUGGUCAAGUUUGCCGACACAGACAAGGAGCGCACCAUCAGACGUAUGCAGCAGAUGGUUGGGCAGUUUGGCAUCUUUAACCCAGCCAUCGCCCUUCCCUUCAGCACCUACAGCUCUUACGCACAUGCGCUCAUGCAGCAGCAGGCAGCCAUCAUGGCAGCAAGCCACGGAGGUUACCUCACACCUAGUGUGGCUUUCCCUGCCACACAGAUCCACCAGAUGGGGGCACUCAACAUCAACAGCCUCCCACCCACCCCCAUGACCCCGGUGUCGGGUGAGUUUCAUCAAACCCUGGGCCUCAGUUCUCCACCAGCCAACAUCACCACCUCCGCCGUACCCAGCAUCGUCACACCCAUUGUCAACGGAUUCACGGGCAUCCCUCAUCAGCCCAACGGACACCCUGCCGUGGAGACCGUGUACACCAACGGCCUGCCGCCCUACUCCACCCAGAGCCCCACUGCUGCUGACACCCUCCAGCAAGCCUUCACUGGUGUGCAGCAGUACACAGCGAUCUACCCAGCCACUACGCUGACUCCCAUUGGCCAAACACUGCCCCAACCACCACAGGUCAUCCAGCAGCAGCAACAGCAGAGAGAAGGUGAGGGUCCAGAAGGCUGUAACCUGUUCAUCUACCACCUGCCACAGGAGUUUGGAGACAAUGAACUCAUGCAAAUGUUUCUGCCCUUCGGUACCGUCAUUUCCUCUAAGGUCUUCAUGGACAGGGCAACCAACCAGAGCAAGUGCUUUGGUUUUGUGAGCUUUGACAACCCUGCUAGUGCACAGGCAGCUAUUCAAGCCAUGAAUGGCUUUCAGAUUGGGAUGAAGAGGUUGAAAGUCCAGUUAAAGAGACCGAAGGAUGCCAGCCGCCCUUACUGACAUAGCCUACCUUCAGUAUUCAUCGCAGCAGCACAGGUUUUAGAGGACACGUGAAGAUAUCUUUGGAGGAGUUCAACUUUUUUUUUUUUUCUUUGAAAGCAAAAUCUGUUUAAAAAAAAAAAAAAUCAACACAUAUGGAAUUUUUGAAGACAUAUCAGCAUUUACAUAUGAAGAUAUAGGUUACAGCAGAAAAAGGAAGAUGCGAAACAUGAGGAGGCGCUUCACCGGGGGACGUUACAGUAACAGAUGGCACAGUGCAAGAAAGACGAGAAGAAAAAAAAAACUGAUAAAAGAUGUGAUGAAACUGAACAACAGAACUUUUUCUUGUUGAGACUUGAAUUGUUAAUUAAGCAACAAACUAACAAACAAAAAGCAGCAACAACAAAUAGAUUUCUAUAUACAUAUUAUAUACACAUAUAUAUAUAAGGAAAGAGGCGCUUGUGUCUUUUACUGUACUGGACAAAUGAGGGUUCAAACUUGAAGAUCAAAAAAAAAAAAACAGUGGAAAAAAAGAAACUAUUCUAUACGUCCACUGACAGACUUUCUUUAUCUUUCCCUCUUUCUCUUAUUCUCUCCCCGUCUCUCUCUCAGCAAGCGCAGACGCGCAGUCACUGAGGUUUCCAUUAGCAACAAUAGGACUGCAAAUCUUUCACCCCUAAGGGACCAAAGGACCAAACAUUUUUAUUGUUCUGAACAGUAAUAUAUAGUAUUAAUGAUACUAAUACUACAAACUACUACUAAUAAUAUUACAAGUUAAACUUAAGAAGAAACACUAGCUUCAGGUUGAAAAAAAAAAAAAGAGCAAGGGUUUUUGAUUUCUUUUCCUUUUACAUUUAUAACUACUGGGUUUGAGAAUAUUAAAACAAAACAGAAAAAAUGUAUAAAAAAAAAAAUAAAGCUAUACUAUUUUAGUGCCGUAGAAUAUAUGGGUUAGACAUUGUUUCGGGCAUGUUCAGAUAUAUUCUUUUGCCUCUCAUUACGUCAUCUGUGUCACAGCAUUUCAUCUCGGAAGUGUGAUCCGUUUGUGUUACUGUGUCAGAAGAAGAAGAAGAAAGCAGUCCUAUAGUGCCAAAAGUGACACAAUAACACUUUCUCAAAGCAAACGCUAAAGAACUAGAGUGUAUUAAACCACACAAUGCUGUCCUUUGUUCUUGUCAGCAUGUUGCAGCGCCAUAAUUGAUCGUCAUUACAAAUCAUUCCAUGUCAUCAUUAAAGCCUUGAUAGUACAGAUAAUCUGACCAUAAAGCACUGUGGUAAAAGUGCCACCCGGCUGAGUUGGAUACGCAGCAGUAAAACAGCACAGCAUCUGUAACUGCUUAAUAAAAUAUACAAAUGAGCCUGACAGCAGUUGUAAAAAUUUCCAUCAGUGUGUCACAGUGGUCCCUCCCGGGUCGUGCCCUCUUCCACUGCCAAGCUCCUCCAGCUGCUCUCAGCAGGCGGGAGCAGACUCCCCUCCUGUUUCUCCUCCUCCCUCUUGCUUCUCUUUCCUCACCUCCAAGUGCCAGCAUAUCUCUCUCUUAAUAGGGACCAUCAGUUAACGGGUGCCCCAGAGCUAACCCAUAGCAUAAUUAGGGUAAUGAUAAUAUUGAUUAGAUGGCGAGCAGCACCGCAGGGCAAGAGAUGCACAAUCAAUUAUGCAUUGGCAUUUUGAAUGAAUUGACUGAGUGACAGAGUUCAUUUUUCUCUGAGUAGCUGGAUGUUACUCUUCUUCUCACACGUUAUCAUCCAUAGUCUCAGAAGGACUCCCAAAUCAGAGAAAGGCAGCGUGUCCUGUGGGACACUUUGAAGGCACUUAAAUCGGUGUCAUUAUGGUGAAGGGUGGAUGCAUCAAGAUCUGUAUAUAGUGUUUAGAGUAGAUUGUACAUGUUCUUCAGUGAAGAGCAGCUGUAUUUUUUUUUUUUUUCUGAAAGGGUAUAAUAGCACAGUAAGAGCUUGUACACAGAGAGAAGCAGCCUUGGCAUUACCAGCCUUAGGAGGUCAAAUUAAGAGCAAAAUGAUCCAUCAAUUAGACAGCAGCAGGCCUGUAAGUGUAGCUGCUACAGCUGCUGCUGUUUCAACAGGAUGACAGCUUACCAUUAGUGCUGAUCACACACGGCUCCUAUGCAGUGUGGUCACGACACAUCAAGCCUGUAAGAUACGAUUAAAUAACUAAACUAGUGUUAUCUGUGGUUCCGUUUUUUUUUUUUACAGAGAGACACACAUUCAAUGCAUCCGAGAUGAAAUCUUUUUCUUGAGUUUCUCGCUUUUACCGACGCACUGGUUUGGUUUGUUUUCAGUCUGUGAUUUGCUGAGUAACAUUUACAUUUAUAUAUUUUUUUCUAAUAUCAGAUUCAUUGACUCAGUUUACACUCUGAAGCAUCUUACCCCUCAGGACUCUGAGAGAUCUCAGCACUCUGAUCAUCGCUCUGAACUUCAGACACAUCAGUGCUUCAGACAUGUAAUCACAAUGCUGUCCCAUACACUUAAGCAUCUUCAGAUAGCAUGACCACUGCGUAUGCCUCUGUAGUCUGGUAUAACAAUUUUUUUUUCCUCCAGAAUCAUUCUCCAGAUCCUGAUGUCUGCAUAGCUUCAUUUAAUGUUACUUUGACCCAUCAUUUCUUUUUGUGUGUGUGUGUGUGUUUGAUUAAUGUUCACAGGAUCAGUAUUAUAAGAGAGAAGGUGCAUAAUUUUCAGUAGACAGCGCCUAAAUGUUAUCCCCAUUCACUAUGUGUGUGUUACAUUCUGUUGCAAGCAGUAUUUGGAUGCGGUAAGAAGGAAUAUUUUAAAAUGCCUUUUUCUCCUCAUGAAUUGCCAAAUUAUGCAAGCUUCACCUUUCCUCACCUGACUGAAAAGUUUGUGCCAGAUCUUUUUUUUUUUUAAAUCUACUCUUAUAAAUACAGUAAUUUUCAGGAACUGUUUAGUAGAAUAAAGUAUCUGAUUUUGUGAAGUAGUAUAAUAUUGUAGGGGGAGGAUCAGUUCAGGAUGUAUUGAUAUAUAAUGUACAUUUUCAGUGAAAAGGCUAGAUUUUUAUAUAUUUUCCUGAGGACAUUUUCUUUCCCUUGAGAAGUUACUUUUAGUCUCUUCUCUGCUGCUCGGCCCAAGCAGCUUUAGGGAGUUGUGAUAUAUGACCUCCCUUUUCUCCAGGCAGUGUGGGGCCUUGUGAACACAGUCAAAAUAUCUUUUCUUAUGGGAUCUCUACUGGAGAUUUCUUUAGUCAUUACAAUUCAAAUAGAUUUGGCGAUCACAAAAGCUUGAAUAACACAAAGUAAAGAUGCCAGCUGUGGCUGAAAUUUAAUGAGUUUCAAAAGAUUAAUGCCUGAUUUCAUCUACCGCUGCUCAAAAGAAAAUGAGUGUGUUGUUUUUUUGGUUUUUUUUUUAAUGUAGUUUAUAGACCUAUAUAUACAUAUCUACUAUAAGAUUCAGAAAAGAUGAAGGGGCUAAAAUCCCACCACAAAUAAUUUGUUUAAAAUCUGUAAGUUGCUAGUUAUUACUAAUGAUCCCUGUAGUUUUAUAAUUAGGCUGCAUGUGGUCAAGCUAAAGUCAAUCUUUUACAUUCUUUUCACUCUAGCAUCCAUUUUUAUGUUUUAUUGUCUUUUUUUUUCUUUUUUGUCAUGUUGCCAUUGUGCCCUUUUUAAUCUCUGAGCAUGCUCAAUGGGGGCUUGGGGGCGUUAAAGAUUAUGAUUAUGGUACUACUCAUGUUAACAGUAUGAUUCUUUACUAUGGUUUGAAUGCUAAGGAUAGUAGCUUAUUAUAAAUAUGAAAUCUGUAAAUUAUGGAAAAUCAGCACAGGACCUUUCUUUGGGUACAUUCA